AUAUUUUGGUUUUGGCGGUGGAGAGCAGAGAUUGUUGCGGCGGUGGCGUACGUUUCCAUGCAAAGGCUUUCAGAAUGAAAAGUAAUACUGGGAAAUUGGCAAGUGGAUAAAGGCUGCUGUCAAGUCGGAGAAUCCCAAUCCAUUUGGAACCCCAUUCAAUCAAAAUAUAGAAAAAUAUAUAUAACAAUAUAUAUAUAUAUGGUGGAAAUCAAACACGAUUAAGCGGGACGAGACAAAAAAGAGCUCCCUUGACUCUUACUCCGCCCAUUUCAUUUCCACGUUGAUCUUCCCACGUCAAUCGCCGUUUCCGCCAGUCUUGGAUAAGCGUGAUUUCUGCUCUUGCUUCUACUUUGCUUGUUGAUCUGGGGUGUUUGUUAAUCCAAGCAUCUGAGUUUUGGCAUUCUGUAGCAGUAUGGUUGGGUCCGGUGAAGAUGAUGAUACAUGGACUAAACCUGUGGGAAGGUGCUCUGUGGUCUUUUAUGGCGUUGGGCACAUGCUCAAUGACAUUACCUCUGCCUGUUGGUUCACGUACCUCUUGGUAUUUCUGACAGAUAUCGGCUUGUCUCCAAGCAAUGCUGCGGCUGUCAUGCUCUCGGGUCAGAUAGCUGACGGAUUGACAACAAUAUUUGCUGGUGAACUGAUUGAUAGAUUUGGACAUUUUAAAAUAUGGCAUGCUGCGGGAUCUCUCUUGGUUGCCGUCUCAUUUUCAUCAGUUUUUGGUGGUUGCUUGCCUUGCAAAAUUUUUGGUUCUAAUUCAUCUCUUCUGGAAACUAUUGGGUAUAGCAUGUUUGCUGCAAUAUUCAAUGUGGGCUGGGCUGCUACUCAAGUAUCACACAUGUCAAUGGUGAAUUGCAUUACACUGAAUUCAACAAGCAGAGUAGUAUUAGCUAGCUGUCGCAAUGCCUUUACAAUGGUUGCUAACCUUAGCUUGUACGGGGUUGCUUUUGUUGUCUUUAACAUGAAAGCAUCUGGGAGUAUAGAUGCUGUCGAGAAUCAGUACCGCUGGAUAGCAUAUAUAUCAAUUUUCAUUGGAUGCUGCUUUGUCAUCAUGUUUCUUCUGGGAACUAAAGAGCCAAGAUUGAAACUAGAAGCUCAUGUUAAUGGUUAUGAUAGAAUUUGUUGGAGUUAUUGGUUUAAGAAAAUUCUUUAUUACCAAGUUGCUCUUGUUUAUGUUCUCACUAGACUUGUCACUAACGUAUCACAGUCAUUCCUAGCUUUCUACGUCAUCAAUGAGCUACGCAUGAGUGACUCUGCAAAAGCUUUGGUCCCUGCCAUCAUCUAUGUCUCGAGCUUCGUUGUUUCUGUCAUGCUACAGGAGCUAACUUGGACCAGCCAACGGAUAAAAGCCUUCUAUUCUGUCGGAGGCAUCCUUUGGAUAUUUUGUGGCAUAGUAAUACUGUUGCUGCCGAGAAACAUGAAUGUUUUUAUGUACAUCUUGUCGGUGGUGAUUGGCAUCGCAAAUGCCCUGAUAAUGGUAACUGGUGUAAGCAUGCAAAGUGUUCUAGUCGGUGAAGAUCUUAAUGGCUGUGCUUUUGUGUAUGGAUCGUUGAGUUUCUUGGACAAAAUAUCGUGUGGGGUGGCACUAUUCAUUCUCGAGUCCUAUGAAGAUUCUACUCCAGCGCUAGGCGACUGUAGCCCCUUUUACGCUGGUUUCUCCAUAACGCGAUAUGCCCUCGGCCUUGUUCCGGCAGUCUGUGCGCUCAUCGGCGUCAUAGUCACCUGCUCCAUGAAACUCCAUACACGCACCUUGAAGCCUCUAACCGAGCCCCUUCUAGCAUAGCACAUAAAACGCCAAAUCCAGAUUUGCAAAAUCGGUUAAUUUGGUUUAAACCGAACUGAAUUAACCGAACGAACACUCCUACGAAGCUGUGUUAUGUGUACAGCCAUGUUACAGAAGAAAAGAUUCAUAUUGUUGUUGUUAAUGGAAGUUGACAGGUAAAGCUGUUGUACCAGGACAAGUGGCUCAAACUCUGCCACUCAUAGGAAAUUAUUGCUGUACAAACUUGAUUAUGUAUCAUGAUGUACCCCCCCCCCCCCACCCCCCCAAAUGUUGUAUAUAAUGUCAUAAUCCAAUUAUUCAAUGAGUAACUGCAAAGGAAAUGUUGACAUUACCAAACAACUUAGGUGGACUAUGGACUGUGACUUCAGUUCUUUGAGA